CCUAAACUAGUAAACAACAAAAUAUGAGACCCAUUUUACUUCAAGGUCAUACCAGAUCUUUAACCCAGAUCAAAUAUAACAGAGAAGGCGAUUUACUUUUUUCUUGUUCCAAGGAUAAGGUCGCUAAUGUUUGGUACUCUCAUAACGGUGAACGUCUCGGUACAUAUACAGGCCAUCAAGGUGCUGUCUGGACAAUUGAUGUUAAUGCUUCUUCUACUUUGUGUGUUACCGGUUCUGCUGAUAACUCUUGCAAGCUCUGGGAAGUUCAAACCGGUCGUUGUUUAAAGACCUGGGAAUUCAAUACUGCUGUCAAGCGUGUCGAGUUCAGUGAGGAUAAUUCAAUGGUUUUGUGUGUAACUGAAGAGAGAAUGGGUUAUGCUGGUACUGUUACUGUCUACCCCGUCAACAACGAUAUCAAUGGCAAGCAAUCCGAUACACCUGUUGUGACCAUUACCAACAAGGGUGGUUCCAAGGCUGUUGUUGCUGGUUGGACUUGUUUAGAUAAGUACAUUAUUACAGGUCAUGAAGAUGGUACCAUCUGUCAAUGGGAUUGGAAGACAAACGAAAAGGUCAAGUCCAUUACACCUCAUGAAGGUGUUUUAUCCGACUUGCAGUUCAGUCCCGACCGCACCUAUUUCAUUACUGCUUCCAAGGAUAAACACGCAAAGAUCUUUGAUUCGUUGACACUUGACGUCAAGAAGACAUAUGUUUCCGACACACCUCUUAACUCUGCAGCCAUUACUCCCAAGUUCCAAGAGUUUGUUAUUUUGGGUGGUGGUCAAGAUGCCAUGAACGUCACUACCACCUCUGCCAGACAAGGUAAAUUCGAGAGCAGAUUCUAUCACAAGAUCCUUGAGGAGGAAGUUGGUCGUGUUAGAGGUCAUUUCGGUCCUAUCAAUACCAUUGCUGUUCAUCCCGACGGUACCAGUUAUUCAAGUGGUGGUGAAGAUGGUUACGUUCGUGUCCAUCACUUUGACCCUGAUUAUUUUACUUUCAAGCUUGAGAUUUAAAAUUGUAUAUCACAACAACCCCAAACAACAACCAAUUUAUAAUACAAAAAAUAAAAAUAUUUACAUAAUAUAGAAAAA